AUGAGCACUAAUUGCACUCUUGAAUUGUUCGAACGUGCCAUUUUUGGACGAAAGCCAGGAGGUGUGUUAGCACAUGCGACCAUGCCAGAAAACGGUGCUCUGCAUUUUGACGACGACGAGAAUUGGACUUACAUGGAUGCGAAAAAAAUUGCGAGUUUACAAACAGCUUUCAGUGGUGACUACACGGAUCUUCUAGCUGUGGCAAUGCAUGAAGGUGGUCACACUCUUGGUCUUUCCCAUUCACGCGAUGAGUCAUCUAUCAUGGCUCCAUUCUACCAUGAAACGAUGGUGGAUCAUCUGGGGGGCGUCACACUACACAAUCUCCAACAACAACAAAAAGCUGGUUUGGAAGGUUCUUUGGAGGUGAUGAUCUGCUUAUUGUUGUUAGAUCCUACGACAACCCAACGACCUAAUCGACCUUCUUUCGGUGGCGGAGAUGGUGGUAGUUCAUUUGGCGGCAGUUCUGGUCGAGGUGGUUCCUCUGGUGGAACGGCUGCUUGUCCGUACUCAGUGGAUGCUUAUACUCCAAGUGAUGCCUUUUCUUACUUGUUCUCUGGCUCAACUGUUUACGCAUUAUCUGGAAGAAAAGUGCAUAAGUCCUAUCGUAUUGACGAACUAUUUUCCUCCGCACCAUCACAUGUUGAUGCAGCUGUUUUCAAUCCUGUCUCUGGAAUGAUGCUCCUAUUUGGUAAUCGGCAAGUCUACGGUUACUACUAUUCGAGGCUCCGUGGAGUCUUCCAACUGGAUUCUGCAUUUCCAAAACGACUACCUUCAGAUAUCUCAUUUACACCCCAUGGAGCAUUAAGGUGGAUAAAUGGACAUCAGAUUUUGUUGUCGGUAGGUUUGAAAACUUUUGAUGGAGUACGACAGCUGUAG